AUGGACGGCAAAAACGAACAGCAAGCUGAAGCCGUCGAUUUACUGGAAGAUCUAGACUUUUUCUUGAGGAAUCAACAACCGCAAACUGUUGACAAGAAGGCGUCGGCCGAACUCUGUUCAAACUGUUCCACAUCAAACUCACCGUUGCUCUCUGCGUGCACAAGCGGUCACUUAACUUGUGUAGAAGCUGCAUUACUUGAUACUCCAACCGUUUCGUCGUGUCGUACUCCACAAGGAGCAACGGCGGCUCACAUUGCUGCGAAGCGUGGCGAUUGCGCUAGCCUCGUCAAGCUUGUAGAGGCCGACCCGACGUGCGUCUCUUCGCAAGACACAAGAGGGACGACUCCGACUCACGUGUCAGCCUAUAACGGCAAGUAUGACUGCUUGCGUGCGUUGAUCGAACGGGGAGGAUCGUCGGACGAGAAGGCACAGGACGGUGCCACUCCUAUUCAUCUCGCAUCGGCCAACGGUCACUUGGAUUGUAUUGAGUAUUUGGUCACAAAGGCGGGCGGUCAAGUCAACAGUCGGACGAAUAGUGGUGCCACGCCAGUUUACUUUGCAGCGCAAGAAGGCCAUCUUGACUGUCUGCAGUGGCUUGUAUCUGUUGCUAAAGCGGACCCCACUAUACCGUCUGCUGAUGGCAUGACGCCUUUACACGCAGCUUGUCAAACCGGCCAUCUUAAUUGCACUCAUUGGCUGGUGAGAUCGGCAGACUGUUCUCUUCGAUGUAAAACGGAAGACGGAGCAACACCAGUGCAUUUCGCAGCAGCGAAGGGUCACGUGGCCAUCUUGCAGUGGAUGUUGCAUCACAAGUUGGCGAAUGGUUCGGAGAAGGACGAGUUUGGAGCAACUCCUGUCCACGACGCUGCCGAACAGAAUCAAGUGGAAAGUCUGAGAGUCUUUCAGAUGCACAGCACAGACAUGCAUCUUCUCGACGACGAUGGAUGUACCCCCAAGGAUCUUGCCGAUCAACGAGGAAACGUGACUUGUAGCGACAUUCUCAGAGCAAUACCCAAAGGAUUGCGUCGCAAGCAGAGCACUCGUAGAGUAGAACAAGCCAUUCCCGAGAUGAUUACAAGUCUUCAGGAAUUACCACAACUCAGACUGACGAAUGAUCUUCAUGACAACAAAAGAGGUACACUAUGGGGUAAACUGUUCAACAAAAAACUUAAGAAAGGCUCUCCUCCUGGCAGCAGUCGUAGAGGCAUCACGUCGUUCUUUACUUCCUAUCGGGGAAAGAAUUCUUGAUUGUAUGACGACUUUCACCACAAUAGACCCGCUGUAUAUAAAGUACAAUUUGCGUUUCUCCAAUCUAUACAUACUAUA